AUGUCUAAAGAAACGAUUAAAGUUGUAGUAUGUGGUGACCAUGGUGUUGGGAAGUCCAGUUUAAUUAUAUCGUUGGUAAAAGGUAGAUUUAUACCCAAUGUUCAGAAAGUACUACCGCAAGUAACAAUCCCUAAAGAUUUUUCUUCAAAUCCAUAUUCUCCAAAGAAUACAAUAUUGGUUGAUACAGAUAAUAAUAAUCCAGAACAAUUACAAAGAGAGUUAAAAAGUGCUGAUGUACUUUGGUUAGUUUAUAGUGAUUAUGAAUCUUACGAAAGAUUAUCAAUGUAUUGGAUUACCACAUUUCGGUCUUUAGGUUUAAACUUACCAGUUGUAUUGUGUAAAAAUAAAUGUGAUUACCUUGAGAAUGAAUCAAUGCCAUUGAAUCGAAAAAUUGAAGAUGACGAGUUUCUACCUAUAAUGGCAAAUUUUAAAGAAAUAGAAACUUGUAUUCAAGCAAGCGCUAAAAUGCAAGCUGGAAUUAAUCAAACGUUUUAUCUUUGCCAGAGAGCAGUAGCUCAUCCAAUUGCACCAUUAUUAGAUUCAAGAACAAGUGAAUUAAAACCUUUAGCUAUUGCCGCUUUAGAUCGUAUUUUUUUCUUAUCAGAUAAUGAUCAAGAUGGGUUUUUAAAUGAUGAUGAAAUUAUAAAUUACAAAAGAAAUAGUUUUAAAAAAAAAAUUGAUAUCAAUGAAUUAAAUUUCAUGAAAGAGACGCUAUUUAACCUUUCAGUUACAAGAGAAGAAUAUUCCUUACAAUUAUUAUUUGUUCCUAAUAAAGGUAUGACAAGAGAUGGAUUUUUAGCUUUAAAUAAACAAUAUGCUGAACAAGGAAGACAUGAGACUACUUGGGCAAUUUUAAGAGCGUUUAAUUAUACUAAUUCACUUUCAAUUGAUAAUAAAAUACUUUCACCAAUAUUGACUGUGCCUUCAACUUCUAGUGUGGAAUUGAGUUCAAAGGGUUAUAGAUUCCUAGUAGAUUUAUUUUUGAAAUUUGAUAAAGAUAAUGACGGUGGUUUGAAUGACCAGGAAUUAUUAUUUUUAUUCACAAGUACACCAGGGAUUCCUAAACUCUGGUCAUCCUCCAAUUUCCCGUUAUCUACAGUUGUAAACAACCGUUCUUUUAUAACUUUACAAGGAUGGCUGGCCCAAUGGAGUAUGACAACUUUCAUUGAUUAUAAAGUGACAACUGCAUAUCUUGUAUAUUUUGGAUUUGAAGAAGAUGCAAAAGUGGCUCUCCAAAUUACCAGGCCUAGAAAGAUUAGGAGGCGGUUGGGGAAAGCUUAUAGAGCACCAGUCACAGAUCGAACUGUUUUCAAUUGUUUUAUAGUGGGGAAACCUCAUUGUGGUAAGAGUUCUAUAUUAGAAUCAUUUCUUGCCAGGACGUUUUCAGAUGUAUAUUCUCCCACCAUAAGACCUAAAAUCGCAGUUAAUAGUCUUGAAAUGAAAGGUGGUAAACAGUGCUAUCUCAUCUUACAAGAAUUAGGGGAACAGGAGGAAGCAAUCCUGGAAAAUAAGGAAAAAUUAGAUAAAUGUGAUGUUCUGUGCCUUCUAUAUGAUUCAAGCGAUCCUGAAUCAUUUUCAUAUUUGAUUGAACUAUUAACUAAGCAUACCCAUUUAAACAAAGUUCCCGUGAUAUUUGUAGCUUGUAAGGCCGAUCUUGAUAAACAACAACAACGGUGUGAUACUCAACCAGAUGAACUUGCAGAAAGUUUGUCCUUGGCUCAUCCAUUACAUAUAUCAUCAGCUUGGCCAAGUUCAUUAAACGAAUUAUUUGUUACUAUCGCAGACACGGCUUUAAUGCCAUUAAAUGGAACCAUUGGGUUCCCUGAUGAUGAUAAAAAUACUUCCAAGAUGGAUGAUACUCAAAGAUGGAUGUUAGUUGGUUCUGCAAUUGGUGUCGUUGCUAUCUUUUCAUUUACACUCGCUAAACUAAUGCAAACAUCACGCAAAUAA